AAGAGCGUUUUUCUUUGUCUUUAUCAACACAGCGGUUUGUUUGACCAACAAAACCCAUUUCACAACAUAAUCUCCCUUCCUAGUUCCUACCUUUAUUGACAGAGUCAAAAUACGUACUAGUAUACUAGUACGUGUGCAUAAUAACGGACGUAAUCAACAACACAACACAACACAACACAACACAACACCCAAACCCUCCCUCUAUUAAAUUUUCAACACAAAAGCAUACUAUACUAUAUAUAUAAAUACAUAAAGUUAGCUAGCUUUGUGACUCCAUUACUCCAUUCCAACAAUUUGAUCUGUGCCAAUCAAUCAUGGAAAAAGAUAAACAGAGCAAGCUGAGGAACAAGUUCUUGAAAGCAGCAGCUGCAAUCACGGUAACAUUUCAAAACGGUCCUUUCAGUCCAGGAAGGGAUCACAAAUUUAGAUCAGACAAUAACACAAACAGGUGGGGUGCAAAAACUCAUGCUGCCAAAGGAUUCUCUGGACCUGUCGUUACUAUGAUUCCGUACGAAGCUAGAAGAAAACCUAAAGAUGGUACUACCACUGAAACACAAGAACCCACUUCACCCAAGAUUUCUUGUAUGGGUCAGAUCAAGCAUCACAAGAAGAAACAUAUUGUAAAAAACAAUAUUCCACUUCCCAGACAAACCGAUGCUUCUACUCCAAAAGACGCGGAGGUGAAGAAAUCUAAGUUUCAGAGGAUAUUUUCACACAGAUCCAAAUCCAAAUUCAUGGAAAGAAAAUCGGAUGGUAAUUCUGGGUUUGUCAGUGAAGGGAAGAACGCCCCGCCUAUGGGUGAUAUGAGGCGAUUCGCAAGCAGUCGCGAAGCUUUUUCUAAUUUCGAUUGGAAAGCUGUGAUAGAGCCUGAAGAAAUUGAUCAAAGGGAUUGUUUUACUGAUGGAGAAGAUGAUGAGAUCUUGAUUCCAUUUUCUGCACCUAUUUUGGUUGGUGGUGGUGAUACAACAACAUCAUCAUCUAAUUUGAAGUUUAAGCCAAGGAAUGAGAUUAAUCUUUGGAAGAGAAGAACAAUGGCACCACCUAGGCCUCUUCAGUUGAAUCCUGUGCUUAAGGCUAAAUAAAUUACUACUAUCAUUCUUUCAUUAUUAUUACUUUAUUUAUUUACUUACUUGUUUAAAUUGUAGAUUUGUUUCAUUUUGAUGCGAAUAUAGUAAUAGGUUUAUGUGCCAAACAAAUACUAGUACAAUUGUUAUUGGCUACAUGUAUAGAAAUGUUAUCAUUUUGAUUAAUGAUUAAACUCAGAUUCAACCCCCUACGAAUCGGUUAUGAGAUCAUGGUGGUAUAGCAAUAGUAAAAAGUGAUGUAGUAUGUAUGGAUCAAAGUCCAAGUCAAGGAAAAAAAUAUUCAAAUGAA